CUCUGUGUUCUAGGGGUCAAAUACCCGUUUGUUUAAAAUCCUGGACAAACGCAAAGUUUUGUCUUUCUAACCAACAGCAGCGAGAGGAAACAUGAUGCCGAGGAGUGUCCUAUCCCGGUGUGCGCGCUUGACGCAGCAGGUGCCUUUGGAAAGCGCGCGGUCCACUAAACACGGCGUCCACCGCGGGAUGUCCUCUGUGACCAUCCCGCCACCAGCGUGCAUGCUCCGGCCGCUCGAGGCUCCAUUUCGGUACCUGUUUGGACCAGGACCAUCCAAUGUGCCGCCUCGCAUUUUAGCGGCAGGAGGGAGACCUAUAAUAGGUCACAUGCACUCAGAAAUGUUCGGGAUAAUGAAUGAUAUCAAGAAGGGAAUUCAGUACGCUUUUCAGACCAGUAACAACAUGACACUGGCCAUGAGUGGCUCUGGACACACAGCGAUGGAGUGUGCAGUCUUUAACAUUGUGGAGCCUGGAGAAAGUGUUCUCGUUGCCAUCAAUGGAAUCUGGGGAGAACGAGUCGCAGAAAUUGCUGAGCGGAUGGGUGCAAAGGUUCACACCUUGUUUAAAACACCUGGAGGACAUUUUACAAAUGCAGAAAUUGAACAGGCUCUGGCUAAACAUAAGCCAGUUCUUUUCUUUCUCGCACAUGGAGAGUCAUCAUCUGGUCUGGUGCACCCAGUGGACGGUGUUGGUGAUAUUUGUCACAAAUACAACUGUUUGCUCUUAGUGGAUUCAGUGGCGUCAUUGGGAGCUGCACCACUUUUAAUGGACCAACAAAAUAUUGAUAUUCUGUAUACUGGUUCCCAAAAAGCUUUAAAUGCUCCACCCGGCACAGCACCAAUUUCAUUCAGUGAAAGAGCAUGCCACAAGAUGUUUAACAGGAAAACAAAGCCAGUGUCCUACCUCCUUGAUAUGACCCACUUAUCCAAUUACUGGGGCAAUGACGGCAAGCCAGAAAGAAAGUACCAUCACACAGGACCUGUGUCUGGGUUCUUUGCCUUGAGGGAAAGUCUAGCCAUCCUUGCUGAAAUGGGUCUUGAGAACUCAUGGAGUCAUCAUACAGAAGUUGCAGAGUAUCUCUGGAAGGGCUUGGAAGACCUGGGCUUGAAGCUGUUUAUCAAGGACAAGGAUCUGAGAUUACCCUCCGUCACCACCAUUGCAAUCCCUGAAGGGUAUGACUGGAAAGAAUUGCUGGCUUACAUCAUGAAGCAUCACCAAAUCGAGUUUACAGGAGGUCUAGGGCCCUCUGUUGGCAUGGUAUUGAGGAUCGGGCUCAUGGGAUACAACUGCAACAAGGCCAAUGCUGCGAUGGCUCUUGCAGCUCUGGAAGACGCUUUAAAGCAGUGUCGAAAAUCCAAAGCCUAAUGACUAACUGUUGACCUGUAUAUUUUUACAGUUUCAUAUGGUGAUGCUUGUAGUGCGAAAAUUACACAUUAAUGUGAAGAAGAGUUAUUAUAUAUGAUGCUUCAUAACGGUUGGUAUAAUGAGGAAGAAUUUUAGCUGAUUAGAAAUUGUACAUUAUGUCUCCUAUUGAACUAAACCAGCUGUUUUCAACGUGUUUCUCAAUGUCCUUUUUAAUGUUUCGACAAGCACCACUCCAGCACUUGAAUGACCUUUAUAAAAACGCUAUGAGAAAUAAAUCAUAAAUAUAAUUUCAUCA